AUGCAAGGACCGUCUAAAGAAGGACCGCAGGGGAGUAGGAUACAGGAGCAUACUCCCUUCCAUCAUCCACAAGGGAUCUACCCUGCCUUGCCCUCUCUACCGCCGCCACAUUCUUACGGGGAGACGGCCGUUGAGGCGCCUGUAGAGCAGCAGGAGUAUGCUUCAGUGGGGACAAGUUUUGAGGGGUCCGCAGGAGGCACGCAGGGUUGUGCUUGCCACGAGCAGCAAGGGGGAUACUUUGCCCUGCCCUCGCAGUCUCAACCGGACUUCGAGCGUUCGUAUGGGGAGGCGGAGACGGACUUUGAGGCGCCUCAACAGCAGCAGGAGCAUGGAGGCGCUCCAAUGGCAGCGCGCCACGUGGCGGAGCUGUCGCCGUCCCUGCACAGGAACCCAGAGGGAUGGGAUGAGGCGCUGAUGGGAUCUCUAGAGGCGGAUCCUCUAGAGCGUAUCAUCUAUCGUGUUAUCAACCCAGGGGACAUGGCAGAUCUCAAGGCACAGCAGCAGCAGCACGUGUUGUGUCACAUUCCUUGUGCCUCACUUCCCAGUGUGGCCUAUCGUGCUAUCACCCCAGGGGACAUGGCAGAUCUCAAGGCACUCCAUGAAGCCACCUUCCCCAUCGCGUACCAGGCGCAGCACGAGUCAGAGUUAUAUUCUAAUGUCGGGCAUCACAGGGGCAUCAUCUCAUGGGGCACGGUGGACCCGUGCAAGUCGGACAGGCUCGUGGGGUUCAUCACUGCCCGCUUGGUCCCGCCAGCAGAGGCGCAGGUGGGUGCCUGGUGUGUAAGGGUUAGGGAUGGGGUGCAGCAUGGGGUGCAGCGUGGGGUGCAGCAUGGGGUGCAGCAUGGGGUGCAGCGUGGGGUGCAGCAUGGGGUGCAGCAUGGGGUGCAGCAUGGGGUGCAGCAUGGGGUGCAGCAUGGGGUGCAUGGCGUCCUGACAGGCUCGUGGGUUUCAUCACUGCCCGCCUCGUCCCGCCUGCAGAGGCGCAGGUGGGUGCAGCAUGGGGUGCAUGCCGGAACGGCUCGUGGGGUUCAUCACUGCGCGCCUGGUCCCACCAGCAGAGGCGCAGAUAGGGGCAUCAUCUCAUGGGGCGCCGUGGACCCGUGCAAGCCUGACCGGCUGGUGGGCUUCAUCACUGCGCUCCUGGUCCCACCAGCAGAGGCGCAGGUGCUCUGUGGCAGGAGGGGGGGAAGGGGGGGAGCUGGGAGGGAGGGUGGGGGUCGGAUGAUACAUGGGCCCUACCGCAAGGCUGGCGUGGGCAGCCAUUUCCCAUUGCUCUUUGAAAUUUCCAUCUGCUGUACUCUCGCCCUCUUCCGCCCUGCACUGCAUAGCCUUCUAUCCCCGCUCCCUAUGGCACCCCUCCGCUCCCCUUCCCUCCCACCAUCUGUCCUUCCUCUUCCUAGCUUCCUGCCCCCACAGCAACCCACCUGGUGUAUCUGCUGCUCUCACACGCCCCCUCCCUCACUCUCCUACUGCACCCGCCUCUCCUUCCCUCUCAGAAGCCUGCCUCACCCCUCCUAUCCCUCCCCUCUCACCACCUGCCCCUCCUCAUCCCGCCUCCCUGUCCCCGCAGCAUCCCACCUGGUGCAUCUGCUGCUGUCCCACGCCUCCCCCCUCUCGCACUGUGCGGCAGUCUACCUGCACGUGGUCGCAUGCAACGCACCCGCCAUCCGCUUCUACCGCUCACUGUGUUUCUGUUACCGCCGCCGCCUCUCCCGCUUCUACUACCUCAAGGGGGGGGAUUACGACGCGCUGCUAUUUGCGCGUUACGUCAACAGCUGGUUACCACCCGACUCCAGGUGUGUUUUUUUGGGCUGGGUUGGCUGA